AUGCACACAGCUACGUCGUUUUCUCGGGAUGGUGAACUUCUACAGACGCUUUAUUCCCCAUUGCGCAGGCGUAUUACGGCUGUUCGAAGAGCUUCUACACUCUGCCCGCAAGGAUUCUACAGCCUGGCGUGCUCUCCCGAGCAAAUCGAGGCGUUUAACAAGGCAAAGCAUGCCUUAACAUGCUCCACCACGCUGGUCCAUCCUGUCAACGAAGCACCCACCUCGAUUAUGGUGGACCUGCAGCAACACAUAGGGGGUCAUUGGCAACCGUUAGCCUUCUUCUCGAAGAAGCUCUCAUCCACCGAACAGAAGUACAGCACGUUCGGUCGCGACCUCCUCGCCGCUUUCAUGGCCGUCAGGACCUUCCGUUAUUUCCUCGAGGACAAGCAGUUUGUCAUUUUUACUGACCACAAACCCCUGGUGCACGCAUACCAAUCCGGCAGCAGCCGCUACUCCUCUCGUGAAAUUAGGCAACUCGCUUUCCUAGCGGAGUUCCAGGCGACAUUCGAGCACGUGAAGGGGGGCGACAACGUUCCGGCUGUCACCCUCAGUCGCCUCUUUUCCGUUCAGCACAGACCAAUCAGCCUUGCAGAUCUCUCUCAGCAGCAGCAGAACGACCCGGGGUUGAAAAACCUCCUAUCAGGGCGUUCCUCGCUAAACCUGCAAGAAGUACAUUUUCCCGGACUCUCCGGACCCGUCGUCUGCGACAUUUCUACAGGCAUGCAGCGUCCUUUCUUUCCCCAAGGUCUCCGUCGUCCAAUCUUCGCGGCGUUUCACGGACUAUCCCACCCUGGAUUCAAGGCCACACAGCGACUUGUCAGUGCUCGUUAUGUGUGGCCAUCUAUGAACACUGACAUUCGCGCAUGGACGAGGUCGUGCGCGCCAUGCCAACGAGCCAAAGUCCACAGGCAAACAGCUCCUCCAUUGUCAACAUACCCACUACCCAGCAGUCGUUUCGACGAAGUCCACAUCGACAUAGUGGGCCCCUGCCCCCGUCGAACAACCAUCGUUUUCUCUUGA